AUGGCUACGAACCAUCCUUAACUCCAGUUCCAUGGGAAUCCGAAGCCCUCUUCUGACCUCCACGCCAUUUUUAAAAGAGUUUUGUUGCGGUUCAUGACUUCAAAUGACAGUACAUCACAGGGGAACGUGAGGUCGUUGAGCAUGAGGUGUCCUGGUCACACUGUCUAUCCAGGGAGCAGCAGAGGGAAGAAAAUGGGUGCCGCCUGACUGCUGCUUUUACCCACUUUUUAUUUAUUCAGACAGAUCAGUCAAAGGAUUGUGCACCCACCUGCAAGAUGAGUCAUCUUUCCUGAACUGACUCUGUAGAAACAGCCUCUCCGGCAUGCCUAUAGAUAUGUCUCUGUUUGUUUCAAAAUGCAGAGUGGUAAUGAAAGUCAUCCUUUGGGACCUUGAAUAUUAUCUGAUAGUAUUUUGUUGAAGUAUAUGGAUGAUAUUUUAAGAUGUGUACCCCUUAUUUUAAACAUCAUAAUUCUUUUGAAGGAAAAAAUUGCUCUUGUAACUUGUAGCAAUUGAGAUGUCUCAUAAUUGUGGAUUUCACAGUUUUCUGACUUUCAACACUUUGUUUUAACUGUGAUAUACAACUAUGCCAAAUUCCCAAGACAUCCUGUGUUUUCCCUUUUCAUUACAGAUGUGUCUUGUAAAAUUUAUCCUUGAUAACUACAGUAAAGUAUUUGGAGAAGACAAUGACUCAGUUGGGCAGGAGAGCGCAAUGAUUUGUAACAGCACUGAGGCUCCUCCUGAUACCCAGAGUGACUUCACUGAUUUUGAGGCUGCACAUGCUGCCUUGGAUUUUGAGAACCGCAGUCCAGUAUUUGGAGAAGACAAUGACUCAGUUGGGCAGGAGAGCGCAAUGAUUUGUAACAGCACUGAGGCUCCUCCUGAUACCCAGAGUGACUUCACUGAUUCUGAGGCUGCACAUGCUGCCUUGGAUCUUGAGAACCGCAGUCCUAGCGAGAGGACCUGCCCCAAGACAACUGACACAGCGCCCGGGACUCCAUCUUCUCCUGAGGAGGGAGGCCUUGUAGUGAAUAUGCAGCACUCUUAUGAAGUCACAUUACUGGGAAAUGACACCUUUAGGAUGAUGACCUCAUCUGGAUCUGAUCACCCUGCUUGCUGCCUGCAGUUUGGUUCUGAGUUAUGGAGAGACAAAUCUUCAGAACAAUAUUUGAGUUUUAUUUUCUGUUCAUUGUUGUACUACUGCAUUGAAAACUUUUCUCAGAUGGUUGCACAGAUUGAGAGAAUUUGAUAUAAAUUCACUUCUGUCAAACAAUAACUGAAUUUAUUAACAAAAGAAUGACAUAGCCUUCAGGAAGCAACACUCAUCUGAAGAGAUGCCUUUAAGUUAAAAAUUGAGCACUGAAUGAUCAUUUUAAUAUCUGAGAUCAUUCCUUUUCCAUGAUUUAUUUUUUCCCUCUCUGUCCAUACUUGAAAAUUUCCCCAUACAAUGUAUUU